AUGGAUCAGCAAAUUACGGCUGUUAUCAUUAAUCGCAAGGAUAACAAACUUAGGAAAGGUUACGGUUAUCAUUUGGAUUUGCUAGUGAUCGCGCUGCUUGUGGUCAUAUGUGGUAGCCUGGGAUUACCAUUUUAUGUGGCCGCAACUGUGUUAUCAGUAAUGCAUGUUGAUUCACUUCGUCUUCAAUCGGAAACAUCAGCACCCGGUGAAAAGGCGCAGUUUCUCGGCGUCAAGUAA